UGUCGGCCGAUAGCGAAAGAUGUCGUUUUUGCGCGCAAUCAUGAAAUUUUGAAGACGGUCGAAAAAUCGAAAAGGACUGUGUAAACAGGGAUUAAGCAAUUUAUGUGCAAGAAUUUCAUACGGGACCACGCUUUAAAUGAUUUACAAAGAAGAUGAUAGUAUAUUUAUUAGUGAAAGAAACAUUGAAACGAAUUAAAUAUAAAAUUCUGACGAAAUUAGGCGAAAGAAGUAAUUCUUUAAUGACAAUGAGGUCUUUUCAAGUAUAAAUUUAGUAGUUAUCGAACAUAUAAGAUUAUUUAUAAAAUUUAGCAAACAAUUUACGAUGGAUUAUGCAACUGUAAUCGAUCAAGCUGUGAAACAGUUUUACGCGGAAGGAAAUAAUGAUGUGCAUGCAUGGCUCCUCAGGGUUCAGGCCUCACCAGAAGCCUGGACUUUUGUCUGGGAACUUCUUGAUCCUUCUAAGUCAAGGGAAGCUCAAUUUUAUGCAGCUACUACAUUGCAUGCCAAAAUUUCUAAGCAAUGGGAAGAAGUACCCAAGAGUGAAUAUCCUGCUUUGCAGGAACGUUUAAUAAACUUUAUGAAGCAGCCAAAUAUGCCAAAGGUUGUUCUGUCUAAACUCUGUCAUGCGUUAGCUGGAUUUGUAGCAAAUACUUGCGCAGUAGCAGAGAAUGAUGACAAGGAUAAAAAUGUUGUAGAUGAACUAAUGCGGAUGUUAUCAUAUAAUUCUCUUCCUAUGUUAGAACUAUUAUUACGUACACUUUCUGUUUUACCUAUAGAGUUUGAAAGAAGACAUGAAGCAAGACGAGCCAAAUUACAUGAAUGUUUAGUAAAUGGAUGGUAUAAGACAACCUGGCUUUUACAACAAGUUUUUUUAAUGUGCAAUCCAAACUCUCAAGACAUUGAUAAUGAUAUGCACUUAUUAGCUAUGGAAUGUGCAUUAGCUUGGCUUAAAGUUGGUCAACUUCCCCUUGAGGCAACAGGACAAAUAUAUUCUCAUUUGUUAGCAGCUGCAGCAUAUUAUGCUCCAAGCAGGGAAGGACAUGAUGAAGAAAAUGUCAGAGGCUGGGAAGUUGUACAAGAAUGCUUGAAUAUGAUAGUAACUCAUAGUGAGCUUACAAAGAGACCACAAACAUUGUGGGAAUGGACACAUAGUUUGGUAACCAUGGCAAGGCAAUAUAAUAGAAAAUAUUUUUGUGAAAUUUUAACUGCAAUUGGAGAAGCUCAUAGUAGAACAUUUCUAAAUGCUUUAGUGGAAGAAGGAAAUGAAACACAAAAAUGGACUGUUGAAGGUUUAAUUGAAUUACUUUUGCAAUGUUCUGAACAAGAAGGAAGAUAUCCUACAAAUGAAACUCGCAGUUCUAUUCCAUUUGGAUUUUGGUACGCCUUACAGGACUAUCUUCCUACUCUCGACCAGCCUUACGAAAGUCGUGCUUUGUUGAUUCUGAAACCUGUUUAUGCAAGAUUAGUUCAAGCAUUAUUAAGAAAAUCAACACUUCCUUCGUCUCUUAGCGAAGCAGGAGAUGCAGAUGAACGAGAGCUUUUCAGAUGUUAUAGACAAGAUGUGGCAGAUGCUUUGGAUUAUUGUUACAGAGUGUUAGGACAAGAUUUACUAGUGCUUCUAGGACAAAGGCUGAGUCAGACAUUAGAUAACUCCGGAAAAUGGACAGAAGUAGAAUCUACAUUGCAUGCUUUUGAGGCUUUAGCAGACAGUGUUGGUAUUGAGGAAUCCCACUACAUUCCUGCUUUGAUGGAUUUGGUUCUUAGUCAUAUCCCAUACGAUCAUUACCCUGGAGAGGUACUUGCAUGUGCAUGUUCAACAAUGGGAGCAUAUGCAGAAUGGAUCGGAGAACAUCCAGAUCCUUGGCUUGAAAGAGUGCUCCGAAUUGUUACUUUAGGAUUAACAAGAGGUUCGGUGACAGCACCUUUUGCUACUAUGGCUUUAAAAGAUUUAGCUCGAGAAUGUGAGCAACAACUUACACCUUUUGCUCCAUCUAUUCUUAAUACUAUUGAACGAACUCUUCCGAAUGUUACUCCAGGAUGUGCAGAGGGUUUGCGAUUAAUGUAUGCAGCUGGAAAAUUAUUGAAUACUUUACCUUCUGUUGAUGAACAAUUAGCUCACUUAGAUGCUACAUUAGGUUUAUGUAUAAUAAAAAUUCGAGAACUUCUGCAACAGCCUUGGUUUAUAGCACGUGGUGCAGUGAUAAAUCAAUUAAAAAUGGCUACCAUGUUUUUCUCUACAUUGGAAGGUUCUAUUGGAAAGGCUGUGUUAGAUGGUUUACUACCAAUAUUUAGUCAAAUCGUUGCUCAUCCCGAAUGGGGUCAAGAUAAUUUCACAUUAGAAGAGAUGUAUAUUUGCGCUCAAAAAUCCUUAACGUCAUUGUUGCAUCCAGAGGAAGAUGCUCGACCUCUGCUUCUUAUCUUGGCAAACUCGUAUAAGACUUGGCCUCAUCCCGCUGCCUUAAAUCUUCUUCGACAACUUGUAUUAUUAUUUGGACGAGAUCCGAACAACAUAAUAGGUCCCGUUUUCGCGGAUAUAAGUUCAAUUACUCUAUGUGGUGUUAGGGCUUGCAGAUCUGUAAAUGGAAAUUUAUCUGAUUGGGCAGAAUUAAUGGAAGCAUAUCUUGGAUUAUUGGCUCAAAUUUGCAAAAAAAACACCAGAAUGUUGUUACAAAUUCCUGAUCAAAUUCCUGAAAUGUUGCAAUGUGGAAUUGACUGCUUGACGUUACCAGAAACGGGUACCGUCAGAGCAGCCGGACAUUUUCUUACUCAUGCUAUUACUCAGAGUCCACAUUUACAGACGUUCGUACAACCAAUUGGUCAACAAUUAGUUUCUGUGAUUUUGCAGUGUGUAGGAGGCGAAGUACCACGGAGUAAUCUGGAGCCUCACGCAGAAGUUUUAUUGACAUUAAAUAAGACAUGCAUAGAAUGGACAGCACAGUGGCUUCGUGUCGCCUUCGAGAAACAUGGUGCCUUAUUCACAAUUUCGCAAGCACAAAAGGACGCUUUCGUUAAAAAUGUGCUGCGAGAACGAACAAACAAACGGAUGUGUGAAUUAUUGCAAAAUUUUAGCUUGCAGAAUUUAUCUUCAGCAAAUAAUUGGAAUAUAAUGACACGCAAGCAAUAAAAGAGAAAAAGAAAAGGUAACAAAAAAUAAUUAAUCACAAUAAUGAAUUAAAGAAUAAGCCAAUUAUUAAAUAAACGCUACUCUAUUCUAUGUAAAAUAUCUUUUGUCGCGGAUUAAUUUGAUAAGGGUAACGUUUAUCUUUUAUAUAACAAAUAAUUUUAAAUAAAAACUAUAAUGUGUAUAUUAAAAAAAUUACAUAUACAAAGAAAAAGCGAUAAACAAAUGUAUAUUACAUAA